GUCCCAACAUUGGCAUUAAUCUAAUUUCCACUCGAUUCCCUCUAAUGGUUCCUCCUCCCACCAUCACUAUCUUCCAUUCUACUUAGGAGCUUGCUGCAAAAACAAAAAUGGCGACGGCAGCAAAUUGCUUAAGGCAUGGAGCUGUGCCAGUCUCGGCCAACCUCCAGCACCAGCAGCCUCGAAGAGCCAACUGCAUGGUAAACAUGGCUGGAAACAGAAAUAUGAUGCUGAUGAGUGGACAUGGCAAAUCAUCCAAGAGGAGUGGGAUGGUAACAAGCGCAGGCAGGGAGAUAGCUGAUUUCAUAGGAGGGGAUUUGGUGAGAUUUGAUCUAGGACAAUGGCUAUCCGAUGUGGAAGAGCAUAAGGCCCUCGCAGUCUACUCGCCUCACGAGGGAGGCUACGAGGGCCGCUACCUUAACCGGUUGACAUACCAGGGUUACUAUUUUCUGGACCUCAGCGCCCGAGGUCUUGGUGAUCCUGAGACUACUCUCACCAAGGUUCAUCCAGUUUGCCCGCCACAUUUAGGGAAGCAGCCGAUAGCGAGAUGGUACUUUCCACCAGAGGUUGACUACAGGCUUGCUGCGCUGCCUCCGAAAGCCAAAGGCCUUGUGGUCUGGAUUCUUGAAGCCAAGGUUCUGUCAAAGGCAGAAUUGCAGUUUCUUGCUCUCCUUCCAACCCUCCGCCCCAAAGUCAGGGUCAUUGCUGAAUGUGGAAACUGGAGAAGAUUCAUGUGGAAGCCCCUCAAGGAGAUUUCGGGACUAACCGAAAUGCAGGAAUGAAAACAGUAGCGAAGUCAGACGAUUCAAGUCGCUUACCCCUUAAGACCUCUAAGCUAUUUGUGGAAGCCAAUCUAUGAACAAGAAACAAGCUAGAAGUUUUAUUAUCACAGUUGUUUUUGCAGGGCUGCAGUAUUCCUGAUAUAAUGUCAAAGUACAGAGUAGUUUUCCUAUACACAUGUAAUUAAAUUGAUUCAGUCCA